UGAUUAUACAAAUAGAAAAAAAACAAAAAUGCAAAAACGAAUCGUUAAUAUAUUUAUUGACAAUUUUUCUUAAAAGAAAAGAAAAGUAAAAGAUAAAAAAGAAAAAUCAAUUACUUAAUAAGUUAAUACUGGAAUAAUAUUUAUUUUUCUUUGAAAGCGAGUACAUUUUUUUAAUUAUUAUUAUCUUUAAUUAUUGGUAAUUCACUCAAAAAUAACAUUAUCCAAUAUUAUAUUAUCUUGUGUUUGGUCAUAUAUACGACAAAAUUUGGUAUAUAUACAUAUAUAUAUAUAUAUGUAUAUAUACUUAUUAUUAUAUCUAUAUAUACAUGUAUAUAUCGCGUGUGCUUUCUAUACAGAGAGUAUUACGAUUGUGUUAAGAGUUUUGUAGUGGUUGUAUAGUGGCAGGGGGAGGUCCUUAGCCCCCUUCGUGAGGCACACGCCGGUAAUGAGUGUUUAUACCAUAACUGCGGCGACACCAACAACGAGUACAAUAAUAUCAACAACAACGGCGACGACAACAACAGCGGUAACAGUAACGACGACGGCUACGCCAACAACAACGGCGCCGGCGGUUGCCGUGUCGCCUGAAGCUGCACCUGGUUGGAUAGAAUUUUGUGAGAGACACGCCCGCGCUUCGGCUUCUGAUUUUGCUAAAGCUUUUUGUACCUAUGUCAGUUUAAAUUUACCUGAAAGUGCUAGAUUAAAUCUUUCUCAUCAUGAUUUUUUAAAAAAAUUUGUUGAAAGUUUUUGUGAACACUUCGAAAACGAAUAUCUACGUCGUACAGUUAGAUCACCAUCUUUAUAUGACACAAGACAUAGUGCAACUAAUGAUAGGGAUAUUAAUGCUAUAAGUCAAAAUAAUAAUGCUCCUAUUCGUAUAUCAUCUCAUGAAGAAUUCAGUGAUUACUCUGAACAUGAUGGAGAUGCAAUAUCACCAAAACCAUCACAUAAACCAUUUUUCCGUCGUUUAUCUUUUAAAGGACUUAAAAAAGGAAAAAGCCUUUUUCAUAAACAACAAAGUGAUGAAGUGGAAUUAUCUCAUAGUGAACAUCGUAGAGAUAAACAUUCAAAAGCUAAACUUUCUAAGAUUGUAGUAGAAUGUAGAAAAGAAGGCAUUGUUAAUUCUUUAAUGGGGGAGAAUAUUGAUGGAACUCAAAAAUGGGAAAAAUCUAGACUUGCUUUAAUAAAAGCAAUUGGUGGAUAUAUGUUAGAAUUUUAUUCUCCUCCAAAAGCAGUAAAACCACGCAGUGGUGUCUUUUGUUCUGCAAUUACUGAAGCCAGAGAAACAACUGCAUUAGAAAUGCCAGAUCAUGAAAAUACUUUUGUAUUAAAGACACAAAAUAUGGAAUUUGUAAUAGAAGCUCAUGAUUCGAAUGAUAUGAGAUCAUGGUUAGCUACUAUUAAAUAUUGUAUGCGUACAGUGCAACAAAAUUCUAUUAAUCCCAAUUCUGGAGUAGAAGCUACUGGAGAAUCUUUAGGACAUGCUUCAUUAGCUAUUAGUAAUGAAGGAGAUAGAUUAAGAACUAAUUCUGCAAGUAAAAGUUCCCGAUCUACUUCCCAUGAACAUGGAGAUGAAAUAGGUGGCAAUCCUCCAGAAAUACCUCCUAGACUUCGUAUAAGAAGUAAUAGUAAUUUGGAAUUAUGUUCAUCACAACAAGAUAUUGAACAAUUAAAUGUAAAUGAUGGUGAAUUAGAUUUAUCAAGUAGUUUAAGAGAAUAUCCAUGGUUUCAUGGAACUCUUCCUAGAUCAGAUGCAGCACAAUUAGUUUUACAUAGUGCUGCUAAUGGUCAUGGUGUGUUUCUUGUUCGACAAAGUGAAACAAGAAAAGGAGAAUUUGUAUUAACUUUUAAUUUUCAAGGUAGAGCAAAGCAUUUACGUAUGACAUUAAAUGAUCAAGGACAUUGUCGUGUUCAGCAUCUUUGUUUUCCUGCUAUAUAUGAUAUGCUUGAACAUUUUCGUCAGAAUGCCAUACCUCUUGAAUCUGGUGGAACAGCAGAUGUAACUCUCACAGAAUUUGUUGUGGCAAAUCAUGCAAUACGAUCAGCACAUCAUAAUAUGUCUGGAAUAAAUCAACAACAAUUACAAGAAAGAAGACCUCCAGUUGCUCCAGAGCCAAGAGAAGUGCGCACAUAUGGAGGUUCUAUAAGAACACGUACAGAAUCACUGGAAAGACUGGAACAACAAAACACCAUUACAGAACAACAAAGUUCAUCAUCAACUAGUGGUAGAGCAAUUCAAAAUACUUAUAGUUUUCUUUGACGUUGGAUUCACAAUACUCUACCAUCGGGUUACAAUCCAGUUAGUCCUCUAGAUUAAAUAGUUUCUCAUUAAUUUAGAAAAUCAAGAUAAUUUUUAGUUGAACUUAUUAUUUUUAUUAUAAACUGUUAUUCUAAAGUGUACGAUUUCAAUUACGCAAAUAUUGUAUUUUUUAAUCAAUUAUUUCCAUUUUACAAGAUAAAGAUUAGUUAUAUUUAUUAACAUCUUUAUAUUCAAUUUUGAAAACAGAACAUAAAUUUUAAAAUAUAAUUAUUUUACGUUUUUGAAAUAAUAUAUAUAGAUUAUUUUACAAAUUCAAUGAAAUUUAUAAUAAAAUUUUAUUGAUUGUACUUUUUUGCACGUUCAGAUAUAUCAGCUCAAAUUAUCGUUAACACAUAUUAUAAGUGUUAUAAGUAUUAUAAAAUAUUUCAAAUAUGUAUAUGAAACUAAAAGAUCAUGGCCUUUAUUUCACUAAAAGGAAGAAUAUUUUAAAAUUAUAGCAUAUUCAUUAUGUUAUCUAAUUUACUUAAGUAUAUGUACUUAUGUCAGAAAAAAAAAAUAUAUAUAUAUAUAAAAUAUAAUAUUUAAUAAUAAAUAAAUAAAUUAUAUAUAUAAUAUAUAUAUAUAUAUAUACAUAUAUAUAUAUAUAUAUAUAUAUAUACACAUAUAUAUAUAAACAUAUAUGAAUAUAAAUUAGUCUUGUUUUAUACGUAAAAUUAUUAUGGACAAUCUCUUUACUUGCCUCUAUAAUUAUUUUUUUUAUAAAUUUCAAAAUAUACUAAAUAAUAUAUGCAUAUAGUAUUAUAUAUUAAAUAUAUACAUUAAGAGGAUUUAAUUUAAAGAAAUCAGAAACUAGUCUAAAUAUUAUGUAUAAAUAAUUCAAUCGUAAUAAUUAAUUGAAUAAUUAAAUCAUAAUAUUCAAUCUAAAAAUAAGAUUAAAUAAAAAAUAUAUCAGAAUUAUAUAUAUAUAUACAUAUAUAUAUAUAUAUAUAUAUAUAUAAUUCUAUGUUAUUUUAAGAUUACAAUAUUUUAUGAUAAAAUAAAUAUUAAUGUAAGUAUUAUUAUUAAACUAAUAAGCACAUAAAAGUUAUUUAUAUAGAUAUAGAGCAAUAUAUGACUGAAUGUGCAAAAUUAAAUUAUAAAUAAAUAUACAAUUAUAUUAGUAAGUAUCUCAGUAAUAUAAUAAUUAGUAUGAAGUAUAAGAAAAAAAUAUUUUCAUUAUAUAAAGGAUAAACUGAUUACUGUGAUAAGAUUUUUUUUUUAUUCAAUAGUAAUAAUUUUAUGAAUUUUUUUCACUUGUAUAUAUAAUCAUUAAGAUAAAAUAUUUUUUGGUUAAAAUAUUGUUUAAAUAAUUUCUAAACUUUUUUUUUUUUUUAUAUUACAAAAAAUAAUUUCUGGAAAUAUUUUUCAAAUGUAAAUAUUUAAGAAAAAUCUAUUUUUAAAUAAAAAUUAUUAUUUUUAAAAAAAACAAUGAUAAAAUAACAAAUACAUGAUAAGAUUUGAGAUAAUAAAAUUAAAUUUAUUUGAAUGUCUAUAUAAGUUACUGAAUAUUCAUAAGUACAAAAUAAAAUAUAAAUAAAAAUUCAAUUAUUUUAUUAUUAUAUACAUUUUUUCGUUAUAUUUUAUUUUAAAAAAAAUUGUGUUAUUUUUUCUAAAUUUUAUAAAUUUCUAAAAAAUUUUGUUGUAAUUAUCGAAUUAUAUUACGUACAUAUUAACCUCCUCUUUCGCAAAAUUGCGAAUUGUUCUAUUGAUUUUACUUAUGUAUAUUUUUUGUAUAUGUAUGUAUGUUUUUAAUAAAUUAAACAAUAACAAA